AUGUUUGCUGCUCGUGCGACAUCUGCCUCGCCAGCACGUCUGGCGGGCGCAUUUCGCAGCGGCACUGUCAGCAACGCCGGUCGAUCGCUCCGUGUCACCUCGUCUGCACCGAGCUCUUCGCUUUCCACACUGGCUGUCCGCAGUCGCCUCCCGAACGCGCGAACAAGCGCGGUUGCAAGCUCCUCACUCGCUCGCGCCUUCUCAACGACACCAGCUGCGCGCAGAGCCACUCCCGUCGAAGAGGGCGAUGGUGAGCCUUUCGACCUCACCUCGGUCGAGCGAGUUUCGGACGAGGUCGACGUCAUCAUUGUCGGCGGAGGUCCAGCUGGUUUGAGUGCUGCGAUCAAGAUCAAACAGCUAGCCGAACAGCGCGGCGAAGAGAUCCGCGUCGUCGUGCUCGAAAAGGGACCCGAGGUCGGCAACCACAUUCUGUCCGGUGCUGUCAUCCAGACCAAUGCGCUCGACGAGCUCUUGCCAGACUGGAAGGAGCUCGGUGCCCCGCUCAACCAGCCCGCUCUUGAAGAUCAGAUGCGCUUCCUCACUCCCACAGGCUCAUUCCCGAUGCCGCAUCCGCCGCAAAUGUCCAACAAGGGCAACUACAUUGUCUCGCUUUCUCGCGUCGUCGCAUGGCUCGGCGAGCAGGCCGAAGCCGCCGGCGUCGAGAUCUACCCCGGUUUCGCCGCCGCACAGCCGUUGUGGGACACGGACGCCAGCGGCAAGCCCAUCGGCAUCAAGGGUGUCAUCACCAACGAGAUCGGUCUCGACAAGUCGCGCAAGCCCAAGGACUCGUUCGAGGCAGGCAUGGAGUUCCACGCUCCCAUCACACUUUUCGCCGAAGGUGCACACGGCUCCAUGACGCAAAAGAUGAUCAAGCAGCUCGGCCUGCGGGACGCGGUCGGUGCCGAUCCGCAGACCUACGGUCUCGGCGUCAAGGAAGUGUGGCGAGUCAAGCCCGAGAAGCACCAGGCGGGUCUGGUCACGCACACCAUGGGUUGGCCGCUCGACACCAGCACGUACGGAGGAAGCUGGACGUACCACAUGGAAGACAACAUGGUCUCGCUCGGCCUCGUCGUCGGUCUCGAUUACGAGAACCCGUAUCUGAGCCCCUUCCGCGAGUUUCAGAAGAUGAAGCACCAUCCUUUCUUCAAGGAUCUGCUCGAGGGUGGCGAGUGCCUCGCGUACGGUGCGCGAACGCUCAACGAAGGCGGUUACCAGUCGAUCCCCAAGCUUCACUUCCCCGGCGGUGCGUUGGUCGGAUGCGCCGCUGGCUUCCUCAACGUGCCCAAGAUCAAGGGUACGCACAACGCCAUGAAGUCCGGCAUGGUCGCUGCCGAAGCGGUGGUCGAGGCACUCGCCAAGCGCGCCGAGUCCGGCUCCGAGGAGAGCAUCGACCUCGCCGACUACAAGACGCGGCUCGACGACACGUACGUCAUGAAGGAGCUGUACGAGGUGCGCAACUUGCGACCUUCGUUCCACGGUCCGCUCGGCUUCUGGGGCGGUCUGGCGUACUCUGGUUUGGAUUCCAUGCUGCUCAAAGGUCGCGUGCCUUGGACGUUCCACCAUCCUGGUGAGGAUCACGCUCAGACCAAGCCGGCCGCUCAGUGCGAGCCUAUCGAGUACCCCAAGCCGGAUGGAAAGCUUUCGUUCGACAUCCUCACCUCGGUUUCGAGGACGGGUACGAACCACGCUGAAGACCAACCGGUUCACCUCGUCGUCAAGGACGGUGAUUACAAGGGUCACGUCGAACGCAAUGUGGGAAUGUUCGAAGGUCCGUUGGGUCGAUGCUGCCCGGCAGGUGUGUACGAGUACGUCGAGGCGGACACCCCGGCUGACGAGGACGCGUUGGGCCAAAAACUCGUGAUCAACAGUCAGAACUGCAUCCACUGCUACACGUGCUCCAUCAAGACUCCCGACCAGAGCAUUCGUUGGGACGUGCCGGAGGGAGGUGGAGGACCCAAGUACUCUCUCACUUAA